AUGCCUCGAUCUUCUUUCAAUUUUUUUUGUUUUAUACUUCUUGUUUUAACCCAACUUAGUUUUGGCUACGGCUGGGGAUUUGACAAUGAAGAUUCUUGCCGGUAUUGGAGGGGAUGUGGAACCUUCUUUGGAUGGCCAGCUGACAAGCCCGGUUCUGGAGGUGGUGGUGGUGGUGGAGGGAGCGGUGGUGGCGGAGGCAAUUCAGGAGAUGGGGUUGGGUUUGGCCAUGGUGAAGGUUAUGGAGCUGGGUUUGGUGUAGGUGGUAAUGGCGGAGGUGGAGGCGGCGGUGGCGGUGGGGGAGGUGGGUCUCGAGAAGGGUAUGGUCAUGGUAGUGGAUAUGGAGCUGGAGGGGGUGGGGUGGCUGGUGGAGGCGCAGGAGGAGGAGGAGGAGGUGGCGGUGGUGGUAGUGGUAGUGGUAAUGGUGGAAAUGGUUAUGGCCAAGGAAUGGGAUUCGGUGCAGGAUUUGGAUUAGGCGGAGGAGGUGGCGGUGGUGGAGGAGGUGGCGGUGGAAAUUCUGUUUUGGGAGGGGAGGCGUAUGGACAUGGAAGUGGGUUCGGGGGAGGUGGAGGAAUGGGAGGCGGAGGAGCUGGAGGAGGAGGUGGCGGCGGCGGUAGUGGAGGAGGAGGAGCAAAUGGAGGAAAUGGCUAUGGUAGUGGUUUUGGAGGUGGCAUAGGUAGCGGAGGCAGCGGUGGUGGCGGGGGCGGAGGAGGAGGGGGUUCAAAUGGAGGAACUAGUAACGGUCAUGGCAGUGGUUUUGGGGGCGGAGUAGGAAACGGUGCGGGUGGCGGUGGUGGGGGCAGCGGCGGAGGGGGUGGAAUAAGUAAUUCAAAUGGAGGAUAUGGUAAAGGGGAGGGCAGUGGAUUUGGUGGCAGUGGCAAGGGAGGAGAAGGAAUGGGGAUGGGAUUUGGAAUGGGUUUUGGUAUGGGAAUUGGAUUUGGGAUGGGAAACAACAACAACAAUAACAAUAACAAUGGAGCUUAUGAUUACAAAAAUGAUGAAUCUAAAGUUAAAACCAAUGUUGCUCAACCCUAA